AAAUAAUAGCGAUAAGUUACGUUGGUCUGGAGGACGCAAGUGGCACCAUAAUGAAACAUAAAUGCCUUCGGAAUUGUUGGGAGUACCGAAAAUUUCCCUGACACUUUAAAUUUCGAGCGUUACCACUAAGUUCUGCCCUGGUACGGAUUUCGUUCUAAAACAAAGCGCUUGCUAAAUUAGUUGGAAUUACAAAAUGGAAUAAAUGCGUACGACAAUAAUACCCGAAAUGCGCAACGUUUUUCUAUAUUAAGCCUUUUUUUAAGCCUGACGUUGAAUGGCUUUCUUUCUAAUCUUCCUCUCUCUUGUCCUCAGGCCCGUGUGGUUACUUUAAUUGAUUGGCUGACAAAACAAGCAAUUGCUUCCACAACACCUCUAGUGGAAAUGGGAAUUGAUGAAAAUACAAGUUUGUCCUGCAUCUGUGAAAUUUCGAGCAUUUUAUUUACACUUCCACUGUCAGUGCUAUUCUUUCGUUUCUACUAUCUCUGUGUUAAAUUCGUAGUUACAUCGGAUGUCAAUUGUUUUCUGCUAGGGGAAAGUGUGUGAUGUAUUUUCUCUGCGUAUGUUUGUGUUGAAGUGAUCAAGAGCGAUUGAAUUGUCGCUGAGCAAUCGUGUAAUAAGUUGUGAACUUAUUAGUACAAGUGUGUAUUAGAAUACCCCUUAAUACAGUCCGUAAUACAUAAAAAGUACCUUCGCGCAAAGAUGGCUGCAAACUUGGAUGAAGAACAGAGUUUGCGCGAAUGUGAGGCUUACGUUCAGAAGCACAACAUUCAGCAAGUCCUAAAAGAUUGCAUUGUACAGCUUUGCGUUUCAAGACCGGAAAACCCUAUAUCGUUUUUGAGGGAAUAUUUCCAAAAGCUAGAAAGGGAGCAGGCCCACGAUGCGAAGCAGCAGGCAGCGUCUCCCGAGGACACCGACGACCUGUCCCCCCUGCCGUCGGCCGCCCAGCAGCCGGCCAGGCGCCGGGGAGGCAUAUCGGCAGAGCCGGUCACGGAGGAGGAUGCCACCAGCUAUGUCAAGAAGGUAGUACCAAAAGACUACAAGACAAUGGCUGCACUAUCAAAGGCCAUAGCAAAGAAUGUUCUAUUUUCACAUCUAGAUGAAAAUGAACGUUCGGACAUAUUUGAUGCUAUGUUUCCAGUGAAUGCCUUGCCUGGAGAAACAAUAAUCCAACAGGGUGAUGAAGGAGACAAUUUCUACGUAAUUGACCAAGGUGAAGUAGAGGUAUUUGUAAACUCCGAACUGGUGACAACUAUUGGUGAUGGUGGAAGCUUUGGUGAGUUGGCCCUUAUUUAUGGCACACCAAGGGCUGCCACAGUGAGAGCUAAAACAGAUGUUAAGCUGUGGGGAAUUGACAGAGAUUCUUACAGGAGAAUUUUAAUGGGCUCCACAAUUCGUAAGCGAAAGAUGUACGAAGAAUUCCUUUCUCGAGUUUCAAUUUUGGAAAGUCUUGACAAAUGGGAACGAUUGACAGUUGCUGAUGCACUCGAGCCAGUAUCAUUUGAAGAUGGUGAAACAAUCGUGAGGCAGGGAGAACCAGGCGAUGACUUCUACAUCAUAGUUGAUGGCACAGCUUUGGUGCUGCAGUACAGAGCAGAGGGGGAUGAACCUGUGGAAGUAGGCCGUUUAGGCCCUUCAGACUACUUUGGAGAGAUUGCAUUGCUUUUGGACCGGCCACGAGCUGCCACUGUUGUUGCAAAGGGUCCCUUGAAAUGCGUCAAGCUAGACCGUGCCAGAUUUGAAAGAGUACUGGGACCAUGUGCAGAUAUUUUGAAGAGAAAUAUUACACAGUACAACAGCUUUGUAUCCUUAUCUGUUUAAUGGUGCUGCAGUUGGAAUUGUAGGUUUAAUAGCUUGACAUUCACUGGCAGUAUUAAUGUGCCUGUUAUAAUGUCUCAAACAAAUAAAACUUAAAUUUACUUACGAUUUGCUAAUUACAAGUUCGUAAAAAGAAGCUCAAACUUUUUAAUGUAGGCGAAUAUAUACUGCAUGUGAAACUCUGAUGAAUGUUUUUCCCCUAUUUUCCAUACUUCAUGCAAAAAAGCUGCUUAAUUUGCUUACACAACAAUUUCAAACAAAUACAGACUAGUGCAACUGAAUGUGCAUUUGUUUUUUUGUUUUUCUCUGAAGAUGGAAAAAAAUAUUUAUGUACAUUAAAAGAAACUUUUGUUAUAAGAUAACUGGGUAAGAGGUUGUUGAAUGCAGUUUUUUUUUGUUUUUUUUUUUAGGAUAAGGAAUUUUAAUCAUAUAAAAUAUUACAAAUUAAAAAUAUCAUAUUUAUUGACAAAGUUAUAAAAGCCCUAUGUAUGUACAUUUUCAAGAAAUAAAGUUUUCAGCCAUUGAA